AUGUAUUCUAAAUAAGCAACAAUCUCAAAAUCUUAGAACUUAAAAUCCAAACUGUCAAUUAAGGAUACUAUGUCAAAUUCUCAUUAAAUUCAUAGUCAACCUCAAUCUUCUAAAGGUUAAGACAAUCUAAAAUAUGAAGUAUAUUUGAUUUAAUUUAGAAUAAAUAAGAUUGUAAUCAAAUGAAGAAGAAACUUUUCAACAUUUUGGGUAAGAAUAGUGAAUCACAUAAAAUAUUCAAAGUCUCACCAACUAACUCACUUAAACAAUAAUAUUUCGUAUCUGCAUCUCUAUAAUAAAAAUCAAAGGGAACUAUGUUAAAAUGCAAUCAUACAACUGAAAAUAAUGAUUCUCUCUAAAUUAAUAAGUGCAAUGCUUUGAAGUUACUAAAAUCUAAUAAACAUAGAGAUAUAAAUAAAUAUAAUGAAUUCAUAUCAAAUAACAAUUUUGACAUGUAAAAGUAAUUUGGAAAUUUUGUUCGAUCUAUUGAUGAAAUUUAAGCUGAUUAAUUACCUAAAUAAAAUACUGAAAGAAGUACUUUAAUUGCACUAUUUGAGAAACUUAAUGAAAAGGAUUAACAAUAAUUUAAGCCAAAAAGAUAAACACAAUAAAAAUCAGAAUCAUAUUCAUUUAAGUAAUAUAUAGAAGGUGAAUUUAUUGAUUUUAGAUAAAGAUAAAAAAACAAAUGCAAUUUUUCAAACAAUUCAUCAGGAUAAUUAGUAAAUCCAAAUUCAACAACAACAUAAAUACAUCAGAAUCCUUAAAUAUCAAUUGAAUAGAAAAUAAAAAUAGAAGAGAAUUUAUUAACAAUUAUAGAUAAAACUAAAUAAAUUUUAUUAAAAUAUUAAGCAAAAUUGAAAUAGAAUGAUUAUGAAAAAGAUGUAUUAAUAUAAGAAAUUUAAUAUUGGAAAACUAAAUACUUAAAAUGUAAACAAUAAUAAUUUUGA